GUCAAUAUGUGAUUCAAAAUUUUAAAGUUGAAGUUUACAUUUUUAUAGUUUUGCUUGUUUACGUUUUACGAAACGGCAAUUUAGUGAUUCUUUAAGUUUUUCCUCUAGCUAGUAAAUAAAAUAUAAUCAUGGAAACCGCGAAUCCUAGAUUAAGGAAGCGCAAAGCUGUGGAAUAUAUCGAAGACGAUGAUAAUGAUAGUGUUGAUGAAAAAACUCCAAAGAAAAAAGUUAAAACUGUCGCAAAAGCAACAAAAGUUAAAGAAAAAGUUACAAAAACUUCUAAACCUAAAGCAAGUACAAGUUCGAAACGUACCAAAAAGACGGAGGUAAAAGAAACGAAGACAUCUCGGAGUAAAGUAACCAAAGCAGCUGUUGAGAAAGAUGUAGAUGAUAUUAACUUUAAUGAUAACAAUGACCAUAUUCACAACAUAUGGGAUGAAGCUGAAAUGCUAGCACAAGUGGAGAAAAUCCCCCUGCAUGUAGCAAAAAAUUUAAUAGGUCUUCUUACAGAAGGCUGCACCUUACCGUUUAUUGCCAGAUACAGAAAGACUGCUGUGGAUAAUUUAAUGCCAGAUCGCCUGCAAGAGUUACAUGAAAGUUAUGAAAACAUAACACAUCUAAAGAAGAAAGUGAAGUCUGUCAUUGACACUUUGAAGAAAUCUAAAAAGCUGACACCAGAUAUAGAAAAAGGUGUAUUGAAUGCUCGUAACUUAUCUGAACUUGAUUUGAUUUAUGCACCUCUUAAAUCACAUUCAUUAUCCCUUGCUGAAAGGGCCCGCAACCUUGGGUUGGAGCCACAUGCAGUGAGGGCAUUGAAUGGAGAGUACAUUGAUAUGAAUAGUUUGUGCGGUACUAAUGAAGAGCUGAGCACAAUUGACAAAGUAGAAUCUCAUAUAACUCAUAUUGUAGCCGACAUUAUUUAUAAGGAUACCAGGGUUUUAGAACAUAUGAGGAGCCUUAAAGAAGAAACAAGGUUUACAAUAACAAGUAGUAGAACUAAAAGUUCAACAAAGGAUAAAGUAGACGAUAAGAAGAAAUUAGAUACUAGGUCGGAUCCAGACACCUACAAACUGUACUUUGACUGGAAGUGCCCCAGUCACUUUGUCAAACCACACCAAACUUUAGCACUGAAUAGAGGGGAAGAUGAGAAAAUACUAUCUGUCAAAGUGAUUGUUCCUGAUUGGUUUUAUAACAGACUUGAAAGAUUUUGUCUGACGUUAUGGAAAAGUAAUUUCUGGGUGCACAAAGGCCUUGGUGAUGCUUAUAACCGUCUGAUCAAGCCGUGGCUGUCGAGGCACGUGAGGUCCGACCUCACUGCUACAGCGCAGAAGGAAGCAGUCAAAACAUUCACCACUAAUCUAGAGAAGUAUCUUCUAACUGAACCUAUCAAGAAUAGAAUCAUUAUGGGUUUGGAUCCUGGUUUCAGAGCGGGUUGUAAGGUCGGUAUAAUUAAUUCUAAUGGAGAAAAACUGGACGCGUGUACCAUACAUCCAGAUUUGAGGCAACAAAAAGCGUUUGAUCCCGCGGCCAAACAGAUAAAAGACAUGAUUAGUCAAUAUAGUGUAGAGUUGAUUGGUUUAGGAAAUGGUACAGCUUGUCGUGAAACUGAAUUAUGGCUGAAAAGUAAUAAUAUAUGUGAUAAAGUUCCUAUUAUUAUUGUUCCCGAACAAGGCGCCUCUAUUUACUCUGUAAGCAAAGAGGCUCAGAAGGAACACCCAAAUAUGGAUCCAAAUUUAAUAUCAGCUCUGUCAAUCGCUAGGAGAGUGUUAGACCCCUUGGGAGAACUUAUUAAAGUAGACCCCAAGAAUUUAGGCGUUGGAAUGUAUCAACAUGAUAUUCCUCCAAAAAUGCUGGAGACAGCUUUGGAUAGUGCUGUGGAGAAAGUAGUCAGUCUUGUUGGGGUCGACAUCAAUACUGCAUCGCAAGCCAUGCUAAGGCGCAUAUCAGGCUUGAACGAAGGAAGAGCUAAAAAAAUCAUCGAAUAUCGCCAAGAGCACAAUGGUUUUGAAUCAAGAGCAGAGAUCCUGAAGGUUACAGGCAUUGGAAAGAUUACAUUCCAGCAAUGCGCUGGAUUUUUGACGGUACUGGGUAGUUCGGAGCCGUUGGAUACCACUAUUAUACAUCCCGAGAGUUAUAAAAUAGCAAAAUCAUUUGCCAAAAAGAUUGGAGUAAAUAUAAAAGAUCUCACAAAGCCACACUUCCCACAAAUGGUUGAAACUAAAGUAUUAACUAUAGAUAUAAGUGAAACGAGUGCGGAAUUGAACACUGAUGUGUGUACGCUGGAGCUCAUAAUCAAUGCGUUCAAACAAAAGAAAUAUGAAGACAAUGUGAUUACGUUCUGUAAACCCGUUUAUUCUGUUGCCGUGCAAAAUGUGGAUCAACUAAAGGAGGGUACGAGUUUGACAGAUUGGAAUAUUCCUGGGACCAGCGGCGAGCCUACUAUAUUCCCAGCACUCACCGUUCCCCACGCAGCCUGCCCUGCGCCAGCGCCUCCACCAGCGAAAAAAACUAAAGCCAGUUUAAUAAUAAAAAUGUGUAUUGAGAAUGACAGGAAUGCUAGAGAGUAUGCUAGGGAGCGUGAGAAAAGAUAUGAUAUGAGAGAACAAGAGCGUUUGGAUUGGCGACGAGAGGAGUUACGAAUAAAAGAGAUGGAAAUACGAGAGAGAGUAAGACAGAAGGAUGCAGAGCUCUUAUUACAGGCUCAGUGGCAGGAAAUUAUGAAAGAGGGGUUGAAUGUGUUAAAGAAGUAUUUAGAAAAAUAGAUGAUUAGGUAAUUUGUAUUUGUAAUUUUAUUUUAAUGUUAUUUUGUAUAUAAACGUACAUUACAUAUUUUUAGGAUUAGGAUAAGAUUAGGUUAAAUAAGUUUUUAAGUUUAUAGUUA